UCUGGGGUGAGCAUUAUCUUAGAUGAAGAAAUUGUGAGACAUUUUACUAACAGAUCCAUCACGAUCUAUCAUGAUCUAGCAACAUUGUUUUUGGAGUCAUGGAAAAGAAUGAACACUUCUAUUCAACAUGAUUGGGACAUGAUGGAAUUCGAAAAGGAGGAAUUACCAAGACCAGAUUUUUACGGGACCGAUCGUAGGAUUUCACCAAUCACACUAACGUGGGAAAUCUAUUUUCCAUCUGAGAAGAGACUGAGGAAGUUCUUGAUCAGUGGUACAAUAGUAACUAUAACUGAGAUAAAUAUCAAAAAGUUAUGUAUCGUGAUCUUCACAAUAGGCGUGGUCAUAGUGUUUCCUAAGAUAUGGGCUAAUAGAAUUAAGAACAAUACGAAAGAAGAGAACGUCGGAAUAUAUACGUCACUUGUCACUGCCACAUUAUCCAAGAAUCUGGCGUUAUUUUUAACUAAGAAGGAAAAUCAUAAAACCGAUACCAAUUUUGAAGAUUCCUUUAUUUUCAAAUCAUUCUUAUUUGAUUUCUUUAGUUCAUACUCUUCUUUAUUUUACAUUUUGCUGAUAAAACAACAAUACAUAAAAAGAUUUGUCGAAGAUGCUCCCACAGGCUGUGAAUAUGAUAAUUGCUUGAUAGAGCUUACGAUUCAAUUAGCCAUCCUGUUAAUCGGAAAGCAAGCAUUUAGGCAGUUUAAAGAUCUAUUCGUACCAUGGGCAAAAAUAAAAUUUAACAAACAACGUUUGAAAAUGGAACUCGAAAAUUUGAUUGAUAAAUACAAAAAUUACGAAAAAACUAUACCUCAAUGGGUUAGUGAUGGUUGCUUAGCUGAAGCUCCUGAAAUUGGGAUGUCCGAGUAUGGAGACAUGGUUGUUCAAUUCGGAUACAUCGCAUUGUUUGGACCCGCUUUUCCACUUGCGGCAUUCUUCUCAUGGAUCAACAAUGUAGUUGAAGUUAGAACCGAUGCUUUUAAGUAUAUAAAAACAUCACAGAGACCGGUGGCUUUUCAAACCCAAGAUAUUGGGAUGUGGGAAUACGUUUUACAUGUUCUAUCAUCACUUGGUGUAUUAACGAAUGCUAUAAUGAUAGCGUUUUAUUCAAACUGGGUGCAGGCACAAUUUCAAAAGUACACAGGUGAUAAUGAUAACUUGUUGUUAAUAGCUAGACUUGGAUUCAUUCUUGUAUUUGAGCAUAUGGUGUUCAUUGUUAAAUUUAUAGUCGCAUACCUUGUACCAAACCGAUCUAGAAGGUUAAAGGAAGCAAUUGAAAGAGAAAA